AUGAAGUUUCUUAGCGUCAUCACCGGCCUCACCGGCUGUGCAACCGCCGUCGAGCUCCACGGUCCGCUAUUCGGCGGCUUUGACGACAGCUUUGCCUCUCGCAUUCCAUCCAGCUACGAGUCCGCCGUUCUGGGCCGCCGCGUCCUGGCCCUGACGAAACUUGGUACAUUGUCAUCGACGUUUCCCAACUCAUCAUCGUCGUCGUCAUCGUCGUCCAGCGAAGAUGCUGCCGACGCGACGGAGAAUCGGCCGGAAGGUCUCGAUGGCCUGCCAUUCGGUCAGAUGGAGUACAUUGCCGAUUGCGAAGGCCAAGGACACCCGACCUUGCUAGCCAUCAAGAUUUCCACCAGCUACAAAAACGCCCAGGCGGGCUCCAACCUCACGCUGUCCGUGCAAUGGACUCCGCCAUACCCGCCCGCCAGACGCAUUCCGCUGCUGUCUCGUCUGCUUUCCUAUUUCCCAUAUAUCAGCGACAAGUAUGACGAUGUAGCAGAUGAUUCGUCUCUCCCAGACACGGUGCCCUACUCUGCGGCCAAUCUACCCCGAUUCUCGCUGAUUGGCUACCUCGAGCCCAUCAAGCCCGAUCUCAAAGAGUCUCUCCGGCUCGCCUACUGCUACACGUCCAAGCACCCGGACGCAAAGUACUGGCUGCCAGGCAACAAGAUUCACACCAGCGAAUGGGCCAGGCUGGUGGUCACAAAGGUGUACUGGAUUGGCGGCUUCGGCGACCGUGCGUAUAUUGGAUGGAUCCCCAUUGAGGAGUGGAACAAGGUGACCAAGGACGAGUGGGAGCAGGUUCAGCUGCCUGGCGAGAAGAAGGGCUGGAGCGAGUGGAGCAAGGCCGAGGCUGAUGAGCUUUGA